GAGAACACAAGAGCUAGAGGUGGUUUUGGCGAAGGGUCAAAAAAGAAGAAAAAAAAUGAAAAAGGCUUAGAACUAACAUCAGCAAGAAGAGUUGCCUUAAGAACCACGUUUCUCUUGCUCUUAAAAACCCACUAUUUAGGGCUGUUCUGUUUUACAUUCUGCCUUUUUUUUUCUCCCCAUAACACAAUAUCCAUCUUUCACUUCUCUUUUCUUUUUCCUCAAACCUUUUUUUCUUAACCGUUUCUUUCUCUUUUCCUUUUUCUCUCUUAUUAAAACUCGUUUUAAAGCUGUGUAUCUUCUCACAAAUUCCUACCUCUAUUCUCUUUCUAAAAACCUUACUUUAAAACCAUGGCUGCUGCUGCUGGUGGUGUUGUUAAUAAACAAGAUCAUUUGGAACUGCCUCCUGGUUUUCGAUUUCAUCCCACUGAUGAAGAACUCAUUUCUCAUUACUUGUUUGAGAAAGUUAUGGAUAGUAGUUUCUGUUGUAGAGCAAUUGGUGAUGUUGAUCUUAACAAAUCUGAGCCUUGGGAUUUGCCUUGGAAGGCGAAAAUGGGAGAAAAAGAGUGGUAUUUUUUUUGUGUUAGAGAUAGAAAAUACCCAACUGGAUUGAGGACGAACAGAGCAACUGAAGCUGGGUACUGGAAAGCUACUGGUAAAGAUAAAGACAUUUAUAGAGGAAAAUCUCUUGUGGGUAUGAAGAAAACUUUGGUUUUUUAUAGAGGAAGAGCUCCAAAAGGUGAAAAAUCUGAUUGGGUUAUGCAUGAAUAUCGAUUAGAGGGUAAACUCUCUGCUCUAAACCUUCCCAAAACUGCCAAGAAUGAGUGGGUGAUUUGUAGAGUAUUUCAGAAGAAUUCAAGUGGGAAGAAAGUGGAUAUUUCUGGGAUAUCGAAAUUGGGUUCUUUCGGGAAUGAAUUUAGCCACUCUAUUCUUCCUCCAUUAACAGAUUCCUUACCAUUUAAUGGAGAAACCAAACGCCCUGUUGUUCAAUUGGCUAAUAACAGUAACGUGCCCUGCUUCUCCAUCGCCAUGGAUUCUCAAACAAAACUUGAACCAAUGGCUUCUUCUUACAACAACAACAACAACACCAACACUUCUUUAUUCUCUAUAAUUCCCAAUCCAAUCGAUUCAUUUCCAAGAAACCCACAUUCAAACUCAAUGUAUUCACCUCCAAAUCAGACCUUCUCCCUUCCUCCUCCAAAUCUCCAGUUCACAAACUCCCUUCUUUUACAAGAACAACAAUCACUCCUCAGAGCUUUGAUUCAAAACGUCAAUGGCGGAAACACAUUCAAAACAGAAAGAGAAAAAAUCAGCAUCUCCCAAGAAACCUGCCUCACCACCGAUCUCAACAACGAAAUUUCAUCUGUUUUCCCAAAUCUCGAAAUGGGUCGAAGGCCGUUUGGUAAUUCUCAACAAGAAGCUCCACCAGGUCCUAAUAUGCCACCGAUCGACCUCGACGGGUUCUGGAAUUACUGAAGUUAGCAGAUGAAGAAGCUGAAGAAUUAAAAAUAUAUAUACAUAUAUACACAUAUAAUAAAUGGGAAUUUUGGGAUUUGGUUUAGUUAUAGAAUGUGGGUGUUUAUCUGUCUAGAUUAUCAAAGAAUGAAAAAGAAAAAAGUGUGGAAACUAAGGUGAAUUAAUAUUACAAUUGUAUGGCGAAUGAAGGGAAGAGAGAAGAAAUGGAAGGUGGGGUUGGUUUUGUUUUGUGUUGAAAUUAUGAUUGGAGAUGAAGACUGAAAGAAUAGGAUUCAGUCGGUGGAUAACUAAUCUACUCUUUGUUUAAUAAUAUUUCUUUCUGUCCUUUGGGAUUUGGCUCUUA